CGUUCGCUAUCCAUUCCCUAGCAACCCGGUUCUUGACACGGUUUUGAUUUUUAUUGUUUAUUGGUUUCCACCAGAACGUUUUUAAAUACUGGAUAUGGAGACUUCAGGCAACCAGCACAAGAAACCGAAACUGAGUAACGCCUCCGAAAACUGGGGGAUGCAAAGAGCUACGAAUGUCACCUACCAAGCUCAUCACGUUAGCCGAAACAAGCGUGGUCAGGCUGUCGGAACAAGAGGAGGCUUCCGUGGAUGCACGGUGUGGCUUACAGGUCUGUCUGGAGCAGGUAAAACAACGGUGAGCAUGGCUCUGGAGGAGCACCUGGUGUGCCACGGCAUCCCCUGCUACACCCUGGAUGGCGACAAUAUCAGGCAGGGCCUGAACAAAAACCUGGGCUUCAGCCCUGAGGACCGCGAGGAGAACAUCCGCCGUAUCGCUGAGGUGGCCAAGCUGUUUGCAGACGCUGGUCUUGUCUGCAUCGCCAGCUUCAUCUCUCCAUACAGCAGGGACCGGCUCAAUGCCAGGAAGAUCCAUGAGGCAGCAGGUCUCCCGUUUUUCGAGGUGUUUGUGGAUGCACCGUUGGAUGUGUGUGAGCAGAGAGAUGUCAAGGGCCUUUAUAAGCGAGCCAGGGCUGGAGAGAUCCGAGGAUUCACAGGGAUCGAUUCAGAGUAUGAAAAGCCAGAAGCUCCAGAGCUGGUACUGAAGACCGACUCGUGCAGCGUGAACGAUUGUAUUCAGCAGCUACUGGACCUCCUGCAGGAGAGGGACAUUGUACCUGUAGAUGCUUCCCACGAGGUGAAAGAGCUGUACGUCCCUGAGAACAAGCUGGACUUGGCUAAGGCUGAUGCAGAGACUCUGCCCGCCAUUGAGAUUGGCAAGGUGGACAUGCAGUGGGUUCAGGUGCUGGCUGAGGGCUGGGCCACUCCACUUAACGGUUUCAUGAGAGAGAGGGAGUAUCUGCAGUGUCUACAUUUCGACUGUCUGCUCGAUGGAGGGGUUAUUAACAUGUCGGUCCCGGUGGUCCUGCCUGUCUCUGGCGCAGACAAGGAGCGUCUAGACGGCUGCACGGCUCUGGCGCUGGUCUACGGCGGGCGCCGCGUCGCUAUCCUACGCAACCCAGAGUUCUACGAGCACCGCAAGGAGGAGCGCUGUGCCCGCCAAUGGGGCACCACCUGCAAGGAUCACCCCUACAUCAAGAUGAUGCUUGAAAGUGGCGACUGGUUGGUUGGAGGAGAUCUGCAGGUCCUGGACAGAAUCUGCUGGAACGAUGGCCUGGAUUCUUACCGCCUCACUCCUAAUGAGCUCAAGCAGAAGUUCAAAGAGAUGAACGCAGAUGCCGUGUUUGCAUUUCAGCUGAGGAACCCCGUGCAUAACGGCCACGCCUUACUGAUGCAGGACACUCGCAGGCGUCUGAAGGAGCGUGGCUACCGGCGGCCCGUGCUGCUGCUGCACCCUCUGGGUGGCUGGACCAAGGACGACGACGUGCCGCUGGCGUGGCGCAUGAGGCAGCAUGCUGCCGUGCUCGAGGAGGGCCUGCUGGACCCUAGCUCCACCGUGGUGGCUAUCUUUCCCUCUCCCAUGAUGUACGCCGGCCCAACUGAGGUUCAGUGGCACUGCAGAUCCAGAAUGGUUGCCGGUGCCAACUUCUACAUCGUGGGCCGAGACCCAGCUGGCAUGCCUCACCCGGACACGGGCAAAGAUCUGUACGACCCUACUCACGGCGCCAAGGUCCUCACCAUGGCACCCGGACUCAUCUCUCUGGAGAUUGUGCCCUUCAGAGUCGCAGCUUACAACAAAGUCAAGAAGGCCAUGGAUUUCUAUGAUCCAAAGAACCACCAGGACUACGACUUCAUUUCAGGCACACGCAUGAGGAAGAUGGCUCGAGAGGGUCAGAACCCACCAGAUGGCUUCAUGGCCCCUAAAGCCUGGACUGUUCUCAAGGAGUACUACCAAUCUUUGGAGAAGGUGUAAGCUACUCUGCGGGCGGAGGAACGAGGGGCGACAAAUGGUUUUGUUACUGUUCAAAGUGGAAAAAAAACAAGUUGAUGGGAUUAAUGGUCUAAUACAGGGCCCACUCCAACGUGUCGAGUAUUAAACUUGAUUUUUUUAUUUUA